UGGGUUUUGUAUGAAUGAUUCAAAUUAUAUUGUAGUAAAGGCUAGCUUAAAUAUCGAGCCUAACUGAGCCACCUUAAACCAACCAUGCUUAGCUUCGAUAGACGCUUGUAAGUGACACACAGUGCAACCAAAGUGCGUUUGCUGUUGAAAUAAUAGGAUAAAGAAUACAUAGACGAUCUCAACGGUCUUGCAAGGACAUGUAUGUCAGGAAGUGUAUUGAGAUUGCGAUAUGAUCAUACAGAGUAUACAUGAGAAGUGAUUGGAUUACGUGUAAGUGAAGGAAGACACGCGCGAUUGAGACAUCCCUGUAAGUGACUCGAUUGUAAGCACUAGAAUUACAAGAAAACAUCUUGAUACGAGAUACAUAUGAUUUUUAGCAACCACUCCAGGAUGAAUUAAACGUACUGAUUCAGUUCGCAUACCCAACAAAGGAUAGGUUAAAUGAUGCGUGCCCAGCAGUUAACGAUUGUUUGUGUUCAGGAUGUAAAUAAGAAUGACACUUAUCCACCGGACAUUGCUACCGUAAGAUCAUAAGUAAAUAUGGUGAAAAUCUGCAGUACAUUAACUACUCUAGUUCGUAUUUACUUCUUGUACUGCACUUGACCAUUUGCCCAAAUAAUUGGAAAGGAUACAAUAGUGAUAGUUUUGAAAUACAUGACUAUGAAGUAGUCAACUUUGCACGAGAAAGUGACACCAGAAUGAACACUAGAAUGUACGUAAGAAUCUGAACUGCCAUCACCGGUGUACUGCUAUGAGACAACACUGUCUGUUUCUUAUUCUACUACUCGUUGGAGGUUGCCAUGGUGAUGACGGGUUCGAGGACCGGCCGUACGAUGGCUGGUACAACAACCUCGACCACCCGGAAUGGGGAGCCGCAGAGACGCCAAUGUUGCGUCAGAGCCCUACAGCCUACAGUGACGGCGUGUACGGCCCUUCCGGUGCGGGGCGGCCCAACCCGCUGGAUAUCAGCAAAGCCGCACACCAGGGACGCACAGGACUCCCGUCAUUCGUCGGAAGGACCGCCAUGCUCGUCUUCUUUGGUCAGCAGCUAGUCGAGGAGAUUGUGGACUCCCAGCGGCCAGGCUGCCCAGUGGAGUACUUCAACAUACCCGUACCCACGGGUCACCCGCAAUUUGACCCCCGGGCCAAUGGAGACAUUGAAAUGACCUUCAAACGCUCCAGAUAUGACUUCACCACGGGAUACUCACCGAACAAUCCAAGAAAGCAGUUGAAUGAAAUAACACCGUUCCUGGACGGGCAGGUCAUCUAUGGUCCGAACAAGGCGUGGACAGACGCCAUCCGCGAACUUAAGGGUGGCCGACUGGCCGCCAGCAGCCCUGACAACAUUAUGAUGUCCUUUCCGCCCAACAACACCGCACGCUUGCCCUACUCCAACCCGCCCGUCGCGCGCGAACACAAACUGAAGCCAGUUUCAAGGUUUCACGCUCUUGGAAAUCCACGCGGUAAUGAGAACCCGUUCCUGCUGGCAUUUGGCAUCCUGUGGCACCGGUGGCACAAUUUUCAGGCGGGCCAGAUCGCCCUUAAACAUCCCGAGUACACGGACGAACAGAUCUUCAACAUCGCCAGGAAGAGGGUCACAGCCCAAUACCAGAAAAUCGUGUUUUACGACUGGCUGCCGGUGUGGUUGAACACGAGCGUUUCUCCAGACCAGUUCAAGCGCAUUUACCCCUACACCCGCAGCAGUGAAACAACUUCGAAAAGCGACGGCUUCCCGUACGCGGGUUCGUAUAGCGGCUACAUGGCAGAUGUACAUCCGGGCAUUAAGUUGGAGUUUCAGUCUGCCGCCAUGAGGUUCGGCCACACCCUCGUCCCGCCAGCCGUCUGGAGGAGGUCAGGUUGUAACUUCUUGCGAAGCACAGACCCAAACUCUAAGCGACAGUAUGCUGCCCUACGCCUCUGCAACAGCUACUUCGACUCCAGAGGACCUGUGGAAGAGGACAUGGACGCGCUGUUCCGGGGGAUGGCCAGCACCAUCGCCGAGCGGGAAGACUCCAUCCUCGUGCCAGACCUCACAGAGAGUCUCUUUGGACCGCUAGAGUUUUCUCGUCGCGACUUAGCAGCAUUAAACAUCCAGCGCGGUCGGGACCACGGGUUGGCGGACUACAACACGGUCCGGGAGAGCUACGGGCUGAAGAAAGUGAAAACCUGGGAUGAAAUCAAUCCCAUGGGCUUCAAUAAACCGGAGAUCCGGAAGCUGAGCGAGCUGUACAAUCGGACUGGAAGCAGUCUGGAUGAGCUGGACUUGUUUACUGGGGGACUGCUUGAGACGACGGCAGAGGGCCCCGGGGAGCUGUUCCACCACGUCACCCUCGAUCAGUUCCUCCGUAUCCGACACGGGGAUAGGUUCUGGUUCGAGAACACCAGAUACAGCGGACUUACGGAGCAAGAGUUGUAUGACGUGGAGAAUACGCGGCUGGUAGACAUCAUCAACGUGGUCACCCAGGUCAGCAGCCAGCAAGUGCAGACGGACGUCUUCCGCUUUCGCCAAGCGGACGGAGGGAAUGGAUGUUUUGACCAGCCGGUACAACUCGCCCCGAACAAGACAUACGACGGUGUCCCUCUGUUGGCUCCAUGUAGUGGACUGGAGACGUUCGACUACUUCUCCGGAAGUGAGGUGUCCUUCGCCGUCUCCUUCUUCGCCCUCGCCGCCUGCUGUCCAUUGACACUGCUGAUCAUGCUUCUGCUGGCGAAGCACAGGCGCAGCUCCAUAUACCGCACGCGCGUCCUCCCCCAGCCCCUCCAGAGAACCACUUCCUCCAACGUCAAUGAGUUCAGGGCAUUGGAAUGGGUUGACAACGAGAACCCUGAGCGGAUUGUGAGUGUUGUACUGGAGCCAGAGGAGAGCAAGAUUAGCGUCUACAAUACCCAGAAAGUGCUGCUCAGAUUCGCGGACGUAGGCGCACUUCCGGCGGGCGAGGCGAGGGACGGCCCCGUGAAGAGCGGCGACCUUGAGCUCCAUCUGUCCAGCGACCACGACGAAAAUCUCAUCGCCGUCAAACUGCCGGAAUAUGAUCUGGUGUUAAAUUUCCACGACCGAGAGGAGCGUGACCGGUUCGCCCAUCGCCUUACACUGUUCAUCGAGGCCCGGCAUUUGAAGGUCACGCGGCGCCACCUACAGAAGAGCUACAUCCUCCGGAGCGCCGUAACUCGAAAGUUCCGCCAGGAGAGGCUGAACAAAUUCUUCAAGAAAAUCCUCGGUAUUUUCAAGGAUGGUGACAAGGGCGAGGAGAACGUGUAUGCGGAUACCAUUGGAUCCGAGUUCACUCGCAUUGAACUGACUCAGGCUGAGUUCGGCGAGGCGUUCGGUAUGCGGCCAAGCUCGAUGUUCGUGAAGCACAUGUUCAUGCUGGUGGACAAGGACAAGUCCGGCCGCGUGUCCUUCCGAGAGUUCCUAGACAUCUUUAUACUUCUUUCCUCGGACGACAUUGAGAGUAAAAUCCGUCUGUUGUUUAACAUGUACGACCUGGAAUCUCGAGGUUAUCUCGCUGGCGAGGAUGUUGAGAAGAUGAUCAGGUCUCUAUUGGACCUGUCUGAGGAUGCGAGCGAGCAGCGCGUGCAGGAGUUCCUCACGGCCGUCUAUCGGGAGGCGGGCCUUCGUGUUGGACAGGAAAUGACGUUUGACAACUUUCGGCGCGUGUUCGCCACAGGAAACUAUGCACAGACGAUCAAGAAUGCAUCUCUUGGCUUGAAUGAUUCGGACGCGGACAACGACCAGGCGGCGUCUCCGACCUCCCCGAUUGCCGGUGCUCGCAUGAGUCGUCGCCGCUCAACGCUGCUCAAAGGAUACAGCUCACUGGUCUCACAGUCAACUCAAGUUAACCAGGAACCCGAAAAGAAGUCCAAGUUCCUGUUACCACCAACCAGGCCGCCACCUCGAAAAGUCCGUACGCCGAGCAUAUCCGGUGCCGCGAAGCAGGCGACAUUGUCACAUAGUCCCGAGAGCGAGAUAGCUGGGCAGGGCCUGGCUGAGGGUCGGGAAGGUGUGCAAGCCAUGUGGGACAAGAUGGUGAGCUACUGUGAGACCAACCGCCUCCAGAUCUUCUGGGUCACUCUCUACUGUCUCCUGUGUGCCGGGAUCUUCCUUGAGAGAGCUGUCUACUAUUCGAUGGAGCGUGAGGAGCGCGGGCUACGCCGGGUGGCAGGCCAUGGGGUCACCAUGUCCCGGGGGUCGGCCAGCGUGAUCAUGUUCACAUACUCUGGGUUGCUGCUGACUAUGUGCAAGAACAUGAUCACCGCUCUCAGGGAGACAGUCCUUAACAGGGUCAUUCCUUUCGACUCCUUCCACCAGAUGCACAAAAUCAUCGCCUGUAUCUCACUGGCGUUCACAGUGUUGCACAUUGUGUUUCACGGGUCGAACCUAUACCAUAUCUGCACCCAGCCCUCCACAGACCUCAACUGUUACCUCAGGGAGUACUUCCGGGCUUCACACGAACUCGGAAGUUUUAGUUACUGGGCCUACCAAACAACAACAGGUUUGACGGGGGUGGUGUUGACGCUGUUACUGAUCGUGCUGUUCAUAUUCGCGGUGCCGUACGCGCGCCGCUACGCGUUCAUGGCGUUCUGGGUCACUCACAAGCUCUACUUCCUCAUAUACCCACUCAUCUUCAUACACGGCAGCGUCCGUAUGGUCCAGGAACCUCACUUUUUCUACUACGUGGUUGGCCCGGUAGUGCUGUACACCGUCGACAGGCUUAUCAGCACCAGCCGCUGUACCAUCAAUCUCACCAUCGUCAAGGCGGAGCUGCUCCCCUCGGAUGUGACAGCUCUAAAAGUGAAGAAGCCUCUGGGUUUUGAAUUCAAGUCAGGUCAGUGGGCACAAAUUGCAAUAGAUAAGCUCGGUAGAUCAGAGUACCAUCCAUUCACGAUGACGUCAUCGCCGCACGAGAAAUUCGUGACGUUUCACAUCCGGGCAGUUGGGCCCUGGACCAUGAAUGUUCGACGACUGUUUGACCCUGCAAAUCGUGUCGGCAAGGAAAUGCCAAAGGUGUUGUUGGACGGUCCGUUCGGCGAGGGUCACCAGAACUGGUACAAGUUUGAAGUGGCUGUGCUUAUCGGGGGCGGAAUCGGGGUGACGCCCUUUGCGGCUAUACUCAAGGACAUCGUCCAUAAGUCGGAGAUGGCCAUCAAUAUGCAGUGCAAGAAGGUGUACUUCCUGUGGGUGACGCGGACGCAAAAGCAGUUCGAGUGGCUUACGGACAUCAUCCGAGCCGUUGAGGCGAUGGACCGGAAGCACAUGGUCACCACGCAUAUCUUCGUCACCGAGUUCAAGUCAAAUUUCGACCUCCGCACCUCAAUGCUAUACGUGUGUGAGCGUCACUUCCAGAAGAUUUGUGGGCGGAGCCUGUUUACGGGGCUGGAGGCCACCACCCACUUCGGCCGGCCCAAGUUCUUCACUUUCCUCGACGGGCUGAGAAAUACUCACAGAAAGGUGCGGCGGUUCGGUGUGUUCAGCUGCGGUCCGAGACCCAUGACGCAGGGGGUGGAGCAAGCGUGUGCAGCACUCAACAAGUACGACUACGCCACCUACUACCACCACUACGAGAACUUCUAGCACCACCCGACAGUCCAAUAACCAUUAUCAACCUACAACCUUUACUAGGAGAAUUUCUAGUUUGCUCGGAAAGUGCCCAGAAAACGUACGGAACAUGUUCUGGAAACCUAGGAUAAAAGAGCAUGAUGCUGUCGGGCGGACUGCCUGAAAUUAUCGUUGACAAACGUGACCAUGGUAUUUUCUGUUGCCAUAAGAAGCGAUGUUCAGGCGUUCAUCCAAACGUUCUAACGUUGAAAAUGAUGCUCGGAAUCGAGGGCAAGCUGAGAUUUUGCAUGUGUUCGAAUACUCAUAUUGGAAAGUAUAUUGUUACUACAAUGACAAGCACUUUUUCAGCUUCCCAGAGAGACAAUUUCACUGUAGAUAUAGCUUGAUACGGAAUCUGUAUUAAACAUAUAGUAACACUCAAACCAUCCAAUAUGGACAUUAUCUGGUCAUUAUUAUUGUUUGUUCUCCAUAUGCAUGUAUACACCAUUGUAUGCUCGUGAUGGGUAUAGGGACAUAUACCUGAUUCGAUAGUAUUCAAAAUACAAUUAUUUUAGGCAACUAAUUGUAUUUGAAUUUUAAAGUCUACUACUGAUAUAUAUGUUGAAAUGUUACGCAAAACAACUUUCUGUCUUUCUGUUUUCAUGUCGUGCAUUAUAUUGAUGCAUUUAAUUCAGUACAUUAAUAAAUAUAACAGAGCAUGA